GCGAGCCCCUCCCAUCUCCCUCCAGUAUAAAUGCACUAACUCCUGCUGAGGAGAGUCAGACUAUUAGCAGAGUAUCAGCGCUGCACCAGCAAGUCAAACGCCUCUGGAUUACUUUCUACACAGACUUCUGAAGCCAGCCCGAGAGUACUUCAACACAGAUUUCAGCCACGAUGCAACUGAUUCUGCAGUCAAUCUUCUGCUGCUGCCUGCUGGCCACCGUUGCACCCAGUGUGGACAGUGCAAAACACGACCUGAAAAGAAGUGUCCGGCUGCAGAGAUCAAAAAGGGAUUUGAGCCUUGCUGCACUGAGGACUUUAGACAACAGCCAGUUUGUCAGAGAGGACGAUGUCAAAGACAACUUAAGGCCACUUUCCAGCACUGGCAUCAGCAUGAGGACAAAACGCUCCAAGAACUCCAUCAACCAGUCCAGGAGAGCGGGCUGCUCGCUUGGCACCUGCACAGUGCAUGUUCUGGCACACCGUAUCCAUGACCUCAACAACAAGCUCAAGAUCGGGAAUGCACCCGCGGACAAGAUCAAUCCCUUCGGGUACGGCCGGCGGCGAAGGUCCGUUCCAGCGAAAGUAAUGACACUGAGACAGGAGGGCAAAGGGCUGAGGACGGAGUGGAGAAGCUCGAACUCUCAGUCACGCCUGCACAGUUUAGAAGCGCUACUCAGACGGACGUGAGCGCACACAGAGCGGGAGCUCUCCGGGACUCGGCGACAGAGGCUCGCCGGCCAAAUAUCAAAUUCUACAAAUGCCUCAGACUCCUGCCAAGAGUUCUCCAGCGCAUUCUUUUCCAAGCACAGGGGCUGGAAGAGCAAUCUUGUCUCCUGAAGGCUGUCCUCGGAGGAGAAAACGUCCAAGAGAAGGGCAGAAACAACAGCAGCUGUUCAUCAAGAACCGUGAAAAAAAAAUGAGGGGAGAUGCCGAUGGGGCAGCUGAAUAAGUGUGCCUUGGAUAUCAUUGCACUGAAGUGGACUGGCCUCAGGGAAAAGCAGAACCUCCUCUCCUGGGACAAAUGGACUGCCCUCCUGGUGAACCAGUCGGUGGGAUUACGGCCCCGAGUUUAGCUGUGCCUGUCCAGUGACUGUGUCAGAAAAGUCUUUGGACUUCAAGCCAAUUCAACAGGGAAAGAUUCAUGAUUCUAGAAAGGAAUACACAGAGAGAAAGAGACUUUUUUUAAAUGCCAAUGAAGGUGUUUCUAAUUUGGAAUCACAUUUUUGGACACUGUAAGCAAGAUGAAUGCCUUUGAUUAUUUGGAUUGUCUGUGCCAGUCCACAAGGAUUGUAUUCGAAAUUACUUGAACACUGUUAUUGUUAUUAUUUGUAUAGAGAUAUGUGCAAUCUAUUUCCUUUUUUUAUCGCAAGUAUAUGUAUAUUUGAAAACAAAAAUGGUCAAAGAUAUCACUAUUUAAUAGUUUUAUAUUACUUUAUACUACUUACAGAGAUAGAGCUAUUUUUGUACAGGGAAAGAAAUAAGGGCAUUGAAGGUAGCGUUAUUAUAUAUAUUAUUCAUUUAUGUCAAGGAUGUCUCAAGCUGUUGUAAUAGGAUAACUUUUUAUGCAAUUAUAUAUUUGUAAAUUGAAUCUAUUUUAUUUGUGUGCGCGUGCGUGUGUGUGUGUGUGUGUGUGUGUGUGUGUGUGUGUGUGUGUGUGUGUGUGUGUGUGUGUAUGUGUGUGUGAUAAAUGAAUUAAUGUUGUCAUUCAAUAAACUUUUGCAUACAGUUAAAGCUGA